AUGGCCGGCUCGAGCUUCUAUGGGUCUUGUGGUGGUAAAAAGAGCUGUGGAAAGCCAUAUGUCUUUGACCGCGUGUUCCCCCCGAACACGACUCAGGAGCAAGUUUAUCAUGCGUGUGCCAUGCAGAUCGUCAAAGACGUCCUUGCUGGCUACAAUGGUACAAUUUUUGCAUAUGGACAGACAUCCUCAGGGAAAACACAUACCAUGGAGGGAAAGCUGCACGACCCUCAGCUGAUGGGAAUCAUUCCUCGGAUUGCUCGAGACAUCUUCAACCACAUCUACUCCAUGGAUGAGAACCUCGAAUUCCACAUUAAGGUUUCUUACUUUGAGAUUUACCUGGAUAAGAUCAGAGAUCUUUUGGACGUGACCAAGACAAACCUGUCUGUGCAUGAGGACAAAAACCGGGUGCCGUUUGUCAAGGGCUGUACCGAACGCUUCGUGUCCAGCCCGGAGGAGAUUCUGGAUGUGAUCGACGAAGGGAAGUCGAACCGUCACGUGGCCGUCACCAACAUGAACGAGCACAGCUCUCGGAGUCACAGCAUCUUCCUCAUCAACAUCAAGCAGGAGAACAUCGAGACUGAGCAAAAGCUCAGCGGGAAGCUGUACCUUGUGGACCUGGCCGGGAGCGAGAAGGUCAGCAAGACUGGCGCGGAGGGGGCUGUGCUGGAUGAGGCAAAGAAUAUCAACAAGUCGCUGUCGGCCCUGGGGAACGUGAUCUCCGCCCUGGCUGAGGGCACGAAAAGCUACGUGCCCUACCGUGACAGCAAGAUGACGCGGAUUCUCCAGGACUCUCUGGGAGGAAACUGCAGGACCACCAUGUUCAUCUGCUGCUCGCCAUCCAGCUACAACGACGCCGAGACCAAGUCCACCUUGAUGUUCGGGCAGCGGGCAAAGACUAUUAAGAACACUGCCUCGGUGAAUCUGGAGUUGACUGCUGAGCAAUGGAAGAAGAAAUAUGAGAAGGAGAAGGAGAAGACCAAGGCCCAGAAGGAGACCAUUGCGAAGCUGGAGGCCGAGCUGAGCCGGUGGCGCAAUGGAGAGAACGUACCCGAGACCGAGCGCCUGGCUGGGGAGGAUUCAGCUCUGGGAGCUGAGCUCUGCGAGGAGACCCCCGUGAACGACAACUCAUCCAUCGUGGUCCGCAUCGCACCGGAGGAGAGGCAGAAGUACGAGGAAGAGAUCCGACGCCUCUACAAACAGCUGGAUGACAAGGACGAUGAGAUCAACCAGCAGAGCCAGCUCAUCGAGAAGUUGAAGCAGCAGAUGCUGGACCAGGAGGAGCUGCUGGUGUCUACUCGGGGAGACAAUGAGAAGGUCCAGCGGGAACUAAGCCACCUGCAGUCGGAGAACGACGCGGCCAAGGAUGAGGUGAAGGAAGUUCUUCAGGCUCUGGAGGAGUUGGCCGUCAACUAUGACCAGAAGUCCCAGGAGGUGGAGGAGAAGAGCCAGCAGAACCAGCUGCUGGUGGACGAGCUGUCCCAGAAGGUGGCCACCAUGCUGUCCCUGGAGUCUGAGCUACAGCGGCUCCAGGAGGUCAGUGGACACCAGCGAAAACGGAUCGCUGAGGUACUGAAUGGGCUGAUGAAGGACCUGAGUGAGUUCAGUGUCAUCGUGGGCAACGGUGAGAUUAAGCUGCCGGUGGAGAUCAGCGGGGCCAUAGAAGAGGAGUUCACUGUGGCCCGACUCUACAUCAGCAAAAUCAAAUCGGAGGUCAAGUCUGUGGUUAAGCGGUGCCGGCAGCUGGAGAACCUCCAGGUGGAGUGUCAUCGCAAGAUGGAGGUGACUGGGAGGGAGCUGUCGUCCUGCCAGCUGCUCAUCUCACAGCAUGAGGCCAAGAUCCGUUCGCUCACGGAAUACAUGCAGAGUGUGGAGCUGAAGAAGAGACAUCUGGAAGAGUCCUACGACUCCCUGAGCGAUGAACUGGCCAAGCUGCAGGCGCAGGAAACUGUGCAUGAAGUGGCCCUGAAAGACAAGGAGCCAGACACACAGGAUGCAGAGGAAGUGAAGAAGGCCCUGGAGCUGCAGAUGGAGAAUCACCGUGAGGCCCAUCACCGGCAGCUGGCCCGACUCCGGGAUGAGAUCAAUGAGAAGCAGAGGACCAUCGAUGAGCUAAAAGACCUGAACCAGAAGCUGCAGCUGGAGCUGGAGAAGCUUCAGGCUGAUUAUGAGAGGCUGAAGAACGAGGAGCAUGAGAAGAGCGCCAAACUGCAGGAGCUGACAUUUCUGUACGAGCGACAUGAGCAGUCCAAGCAGGACCUCAAAGGGCUGGAGGAGACAGUUGCCCGGGAACUCCAGACCCUCCACAACCUUCGCAAGCUGUUCGUUCAAGACGUCACGACUCGAGUCAAGAAAAGUGCAGAAAUGGAGCCCGAGGACAGUGGGGGGAUUCACUCCCAGAAGCAGAAGAUCUCCUUUCUUGAGAACAACCUGGAGCAGCUUACUAAAGUUCACAAACAGCUGGUACGUGACAAUGCAGAUCUGCGUUGUGAGCUUCCGAAACUGGAAAAACGACUUAGGGCUACGGCUGAGAGAGUUAAGGCCCUGGAGGGUGCACUGAAGGAGGCCAAGGAGGGCGCCAUGAAGGACAAGCGCCGGUACCAGCAAGAGGUGGACCGGAUCAAGGAGGCUGUACGGUACAAGAGCUCCGGCAAGCGGGGCCAUUCUGCCCAGAUUGCUAAGCCUGUGAGGCCUGGCCACUACCCGGCCUCCUCACCCACCAACCCCUACGGCACACGGAGCCCCGAGUGUAUCAGUUACACCAACAACCUCUUCCAGAACCUGCAUCUGCAGGCUGCACCUAGCUCCACCUCAGAUAUGUACUUUGCUAACUCCUGUGCCCGCAAUGGAGCCACACCUGGCGGCCCCUUAGCUUCCUACCAGAAGGCCAACAUGGACAACGGAAACGCCACAGACAUCAACGACAACAGGAGUGACCUGCCAUGCGGCUAUGAGGCUGAGGACCAGGCCAAGCUUUUCCCCCUCCACCAAGAGACAGCAGCCAGCUAACUCCCAUGCCUGGUGACGUAUCUGCACUUUCAGUUUCUAAGAGGGACUGAGGCCUCUUCUCUCAGCAUGCUGCACACCCUGUGGUCUCUGACACUAGCUCCCUCUCCAGCCCGUGUUGUUGGACCUGUCGAUGUCCUCCUCCUACUUCAUGUCUUUGUACUCUGUAUCUAUACACGAGAAGCUGCUGCUGCGUCUCCCUC